GAGGCUGAUCGCUUCCCAGAAGUACAGCCGUGUUCUCAUCGCUUGCCGCAGGGAAGCGCCGGGUCGGGAUGCCGCCAAGGAGCUGGGCUGCGACUUCGUGCAUCUGGACGUCAGCGAUGGCCGCAGCGUCUCCUCGCUACCGGAGCGGCUGAAGACACUGGGAGUUUCGAAGCUGAGUUUGCUCGUCAACAAUGCGGGGGUCAUGUUCGAUGGUUGGAGCCGCGAGAACUGGGAGAAUCAUUGGACGACGAACGUUGUGGGGCAGGUGGAGCUGGUCAACAAAUUGAAGUCCCAUCUGGACACACGGGCUUCCAUCGUGAACGUCUCCUCUGGCUGGGGCUGUAAAUCUGAGCUGAGCAAUCCGGCCAUUGCAGACAAGGUUUGGGCUUGCGGCUCCAUCGAUGAGCUGCUUGACUUCGGGGCGACCAAGGUCUUCGCACAGUGCGAGCACUCGGGGUAUAUGGAGUACUACAAGAUCUCCAAGUGCUUCAUGAAUCGGUGGACGAAGCUCCUACAUGAGAAGGACGCGGAACUCAAUGCCCUGGGCGCCAGCAUCUUCGCGGUUUGUCCAGGUUGGUGCCACACGAGCAUGGGUGACAGAGCCGGUGGCAUCUCGUCGCGCUCGGCGGACGCAGGCGCCGAGAGCGUGAUGGCGGCCACUCUGGGCCAGGUGCCUGCUGGCAGCUUCACGCGGGAUGGGAAGCAGAUCGGCGGCAAAGAUAUUUGGUAA